GGAGCAGCUGCUGUUUGACUCCACACGUCGGAAAACACCCAUUCAAAGGUGUUUGAUUUUUUUUUUUUAUAUAAUCAUAGGUAAGCUGAGGCCCUCCGCAGACGUGCAGCCAUGAAUCCCAAAGGGGAUAAGCCGAAGUCAAAGAUUUCGGCGUCCCGCAAGCUCUCCCUCAAAAUGCUGCUCCUCCAAAGAGCAUGUGAGGAUCUGGAGAGGGAGCGACAGGACCGGGAGGAGGAGAAAGGGCGCUACCUGAAGGAAAAGCUGCCUCCUCUGCAGCUGUCUGGUUUGUCGCAGGAUGACCUCCAAAAACUGUGCAAACAGCUUCACGAGAAAAUUGACAUUGUGGAUGAAGAGCGAUACGACUGUGAACAUAAAGUCAGCAAACACAACAAAGACAUCCACGAGUUGAAGCUGAAAGUCCAGGAUCUAGGAGGCAAGUUUAAAAAGCCCGCCCUCAGGAAGGUGAGGGUCUCAGCAGACGAGAUGAUGAGAGCUCUGCUGGGCUCCAAACACAAAGGCUCAAUGGACCUCAGGGCCAACCUCAAGUCUGUGAAAAAGGAGGACGUCAAGCAGGACAAGGUCCUCACCUCCGAAGUGGGCGACUGGCGUAAGAACGUGGAAGCCAUGUCGGGCAUGGAGGGCCGCAAGAAGAUGUUCGAUACCGGCGGCGGAGCGCAGUGAGACGUCGAAGCCAAAACUGGACAGUCAUCGGAAAAAAACAAAUAUGCCACACUUGCCUGAAGGCUAACUUUGGCAUCUGCUUUGCAGUUUGUUUUUGUUUUGUUUGUUUGUUUUUUCAAUGCAACAUUUUAAGGCAAGCGGCAACCCGGUAUUUCAUUUUUAUUUUUGUUAUGACACUUAGUGAGCAAAGAUGAGAAAAAUAAUUAUAAAAAAAAUAAUAAAAAGAUAAUCGUUUCCAUAUCUGCAGCUGACUUUAUCAUGUUUCACUUCCUUGGAAUCCGUUAGUUUACAUGAGGCACAAAGGGAGUCGGGGUGAUGCUGCGGUGAAUUAUAAAAAGGACAAUGAACGACAGAUUCAGACAGGUGUUCCCAGAAACGCAUCAGAUUUAAAAUAGGCGACAUGACGGCGACGUGACCUCCGUGUUUGUCGUGACUCCCCCUCGGCAACCGAAAGUAAGCAUUAAAAUGUAUCUGGGGAAGAUGAAAGACAUAAUGAGUUGGAGAGGAAGCAGUCCUUUGCGCGUGUCGCCGGGUUGACGUGGCAUUUAGCACCUGGGAGUGUCAUUUGAAGCACGGCAGCAACGGCAGCCAUACUCAUGUUCCCAGCAAAUGUUGCCUCGAAUGGUGCGCCGCAUGCUUUCAGGGGCGAGGUGUGAAGCGGCCUGUCUGUGUCCAAGCAGCUGAAAAUGUUUUGUCUAAACAUCAAGUACCUAGUAAAACUAUUGAUAUACCCUAAUGAACCUUUCCACACUGUGAUACAUAAUAAACACAAACUAUUUCAUUGGGA